AGUAUCGAAAUCCUCUUACACAUCCACAUCUCUCUAUAUAGCACCAAAUUGUACAUGUACCCCGUGGUUUUCACCAUUCUAUUUCCACGUUAAAAAUAUUGUGUUUCCUUUAUUUUUCUUCUCCAUUAUUUAUCUAUUAUUUAUUCAGUCGAUCAUGUUAGCCCGCCAAAUGAAUAGCCUCAGUAGUAAAAAAACCAACACGUCCUUCCUUACCCACAAUUUACUACUCCAAACACUUGUUUUUGCAGUUUUUCUCAUCGAGUCAGUGAAAUUAUAUAUAUUUAAAAUGAAAGAACGGUUAGAGUUAGAUCCACAUCACGCACCAAGAAGUGGGAGAAAAUGAAAUUCCGAAUUGAGAAAUGUUGGUGGGUAUAUGGUAGAGUGAUGAGUAGAAACGGUGCAUAGUUAGAGACAUACAGGAAAAAGAAUGUCGUAAAGAUAAAGGAAAGGUGAGUAGCCGUACUUGCAUACCUCUAUUUAAGUGGAGGAGGUGAUAAUAUAGAGAGAGAGAGAGAGAAAGUGAAUCAUAAAGGUGCAGAAGAAAACAAAGGAAACAAAAAGAUAGCAAUUAAGCAAAGCAUAUAGAGAAAGGGAAAGAGUGGAAAGCUUAGUUGUUGGUUUAGGAUAGAAAGGCAAAAUUUUAAGUCUUCUUCUCAAUCCCCCCCUCCCCCUUUCAACUCCAUAGCUUCCUCUCCCACCAAAAGAUUUGAAGAAAAUAAGAAACAACAUCCAAGAAGCAAGAUUACUACAACAUAUAUCCAAGGGUUUUCAGAGAUCAUAAGUGAAGAGGAGGAUAUGCAACCACAAAGCAGCACAGACGCAUACACGGGAGGGGCAGGAAUGUCAUCACCAAUAUUUCCAUGGAGUUUCACCCCGGUCCAACCCUACAAUCCGGUCCAUUACUCGGGCCGCGAUCACGACCCGUUCCUCCUCCCCCCGGCUCCGUCGCCGUACGGCGGCUUUUUCAGCCGGAAGCAAUCCUUGCCCUUCGCCUACGACGACGCGCCGCCGUCGGACCAUCUCCGGCUGAUCUCCGACACGCUGUUAGGUCAAGUGGUGCAUCCCGGUUCCGGCGGGCCGUUUGGGCUCCAAGCCGAGCUGCAGAAGCUGGCGGCUCAAGAAAUCAUGGACGCUAAGGCCCUCGCCGCCUCCAAGAGCCAUAGUGAAGCCGAACGGAGAAGAAGAGAGAGAAUCAAUAAUCAUCUUGCUAAGCUUCGCAGCCUUCUUCCCAACACUACAAAAACGGAUAAAGCUUCGUUGUUGGCAGAGGUGAUACAGCAUGUGAAGGAGCUGAAGAGACAGACGUCAGUGAUCGCCGAGACUACGCCGGUGCCGACGGUGACGGACGAGCUCACCGUCGACAACGUCUCCGGCGAGGUGGGCAACAAUAAACUAUUGAUAAGAGCGACGCUGUGCUGCGACGACCGGUCGGACCUCUUGCCGGACCUCAUCAAGAGCCUGAAGGGUCUUCGGUUAAAAGCAUUGCGGGCUGAAAUCACCACCCUCGGCGGCCGCAUGAGGAACGUGCUGUUCAUCACCCGCGAAAACGACCGCGGCGGCGGGGGGGAUUGCGACGGCGACGACGAGUCGUUGCAGUCCAUAAGCUCCGUGGAAGACGCGCUGAGAGCGGUGAUGGAGAGAUCAAACGGCGGGGAAGACCAGUCAGGGAGUGUGAAGAGACAAAGAACUAAUAAUAUUAACAUAUUUCAACAACACCACAAAUAAUCUCAUUGAUGAAGGGAUCGUGAUUUACAUUAUUUCAGAUGUUUUGUUGGGUCAGGAUGUGGGGCCUUUGCAGUUGGGGAUUCAACCUUUCGAGACGUUUGGUUAGUUGAAAUUUCAUCACCACUAAGGAGAUUAUUAUAAGCCAAGUUAGUGGUGAGUGUUUAAUGUUUAAUUUAGAGAAUAUUAAUUACAAGCUAAGUUUAAUUUCUUGGUUGUGGGGUUUAUAAUUUAUGAUUAUAUAUUGUGGAAUGUGACAAAAUUUAUUUGUCACUUGAUUAGUUGGUUGGCUUUCUAAUAUUGAGAUUGGGUGCAAUGGUCAAUUAAUUAAUUCCCUUCAUUUAGAUAAUAUGGGAUGAGAAUGUAAUAUAAUCUUGUGGGUACUUUACAAAAUUGUUAUGGUGUUUUUUUAAAGAUAAUUAAAAGUGAA